GAGCCUUUGCAUGAAGAACCAGUUUACUUGCAAUUUCCUCUGUGAACACUGCAUCCACCAAUUCGUCUCUACGUCCAUCUCAAUCCAGUGCUUGUGAUUUGCGUUUUCACCAUAUUCAUAGAUUUCCCGCCGCACGAGAACCGUGCGUAGCUUUGAUCGGUCGCCGAGCCAAUAGCAGUAUCCAAUCGGGUCACGUGUCCGCAGCGAAGUUAUAAAAGUAGGGGGCCGUAGAUCUGAAGCCUCUUUUCCAGUCACCCGUGCGUCGUCGAGUCCCGACGAUAACACUAAAAUAAAAAAAAAAGAACUACUACAUUCAGUGCGCGAAGUGUGCAGGCCGCAAGAAACCAAUCCGAAUUAAGGACAGGAGAACUAAAGUACUACUACUUACUUGCAACACUCACGAGAGAAGAUGCCGCAAACUGUGACCAACGGAUACCCGAACGGACACAUGUCCUACGACAUGGAGGACGGAUCCAACUUCCUCUUCACCUCCGAAUCCGUCGGAGAGGGACAUCCAGAUAAGAUGUGCGAUCAGAUCAGUGACGCCAUCCUCGACGCCCAUCUGCAGCAGGACCCCAACGCCAAAGUAGCUUGCGAGACCGUAACCAAGACCGGAAUGAUCUUGGUGUGCGGAGAGAUCACAUCGAAGGCCGUCGUCGAUUACCAGAAGGUAGUCAGGGAUACCGUCAAGCACAUCGGCUACGACGACUCAUCGAAAGGGUUUGAUUACAAGACUUGCAGUGUAAUGCUGGCUCUGGACCAGCAGUCCCCAAAUAUUGCUGCGGGAGUGCACGAGAACAGAAACGAAGAGGAGGUCGGAGCCGGAGACCAGGGUCUGAUGUUCGGAUAUGCUACUGAUGAGACAGAGGAAUGCAUGCCGCUGACGGUGGUGCUCGCGCACAGAUUGAACCACAGGAUCGCCGAGCUGAGGAGAUCCGGUGAAUUCUGGUGGGCGAGACCGGACUCGAAAACUCAAGUCACCUGCGACUACAGGUUCCAUCACGGCGCUUGCAUCCCGACGCGCGUCCACACCGUCGUCGUCUCGAUGCAGCACAGCGAGAAGAUCUCGCUGGAGGAGCUCCGCAAGGAGGUGCAAAGCAAAGUCGUCGAGAACGUGAUUCCGAGCAAGUACCUCGACGAGAAGACCGUCGUUCACAUCAACCCGUGCGGUCUCUUCAUCAUCGGUGGUCCACAGAGUGACGCCGGUGUGACGGGUCGCAAGAUCAUCGUCGACACUUACGGUGGUUGGGGCGCGCACGGUGGCGGCGCCUUCUCCGGCAAGGACUUCACCAAGGUGGACAGAUCCGCCGCGUACGCCGCCCGUUGGGUAGCCAAAUCUCUGGUGAAGGCCGGUCUCUGCCGUCGUUGCCUGGUGCAGGUGGCUUAUGCCAUCGGAGUCGCCGAACCUCUGUCCAUCACCGUCUUCGAUUACGGCACGUCGAAGCUGCCGCAGAGGGAACUCCUCAACGUCGUCAAGAAUAACUUCGAUCUGAGACCUGGCAAAAUCGUCAAGGAGCUGAAGCUGCGCCAACCGAUUUACCAAAAGACCAGCACCUACGGACACUUCGGUCGCGACGGCUUCACCUGGGAAACCCCCAAGGAGCUGCUCCUCAAUUGAUUCCGACCACGGAAGGGGAAACAAAACAGCAACAAAACAACAAUAUUUUAUAAGUUAGCUAGAUAUCACACACGUAGGACGAAAACUAAAAGAAAAGAAAAAAA